AUGUGGAGGGUAUGCAAUGAGGUGCUACCUACCAACUUCAAUCUGUUCAAGAGGAAGAUUCUCGACAAACCUCUCUGUCCCAUUUGUUGGCAAGAAGAUGAGACAAUCCUCCACGCCCUGUGGUCUUGUCUAGCGGCACAAGAUGUCUGGCACAAUUGUUCCCGUAAAAUUCAGAAGUUAAAAUCCCAGUGGCACUCAAUCCAGGAAAUUAUGAAUUCUCUCGACUCAACUGACCAACAGGAUCUGGUAGAAGAGUUAGCCAUGGUUGCAAAAAGAAUAUGGAUGAGAAGGAAUGAAUUUGUGUUUAAGCAGGAAUUUAAGAGCCCAAAUUCUUUAGCAGAGCUGGCUAUUUCUGAUUUAAGAGAUAUGAGGAACAUGCAAAUGAAAAACUCAACAAGAGAUCAAAGAUUGCAUAACCAGAAUGUUAACUGGUCUCCUCCCCCUAUUCACGUCUGGAAGAUCAAUUGGGAUGCUGCGAUUGAUAAAGCAAAAUGCAAAGUGGGUAUUGGGAUCAUUGUAAGGAAUCAUACGGGGAGUGUGGUGGCAACCUCAAGACUUAAUAGACCACUCUAUCCGGAUCUUGCACUAACAGAAGCUAUAGGUGCUUUGGAAGCCGCCAGACUUUGUCACCACUUGGGCCUCACGAAUAUUAUCCUGGAAGGGGAUGCGCUUCAAGUGAUUCAAGUGAUCAAUAGCAGGAGCGAGAAUUGGUCUUCAACUGGGAUGAUUAUGGAAGAUGUAAAGGGUCAACUGAGCACUUUUGAGAGCUGGUCUGCAAUCCACAUACGUAGAGAGGGAAACAAGGCAACACAUGAGCUGGCCAGGAAUGCACUUGUAACAUCUACGUCUUCCUUAGAUGUAGACUGUAUUCCCUCUUGUAUAAUCAACUUCAUUUAA